AUGCCAUCCUCGACUGUCACAUCGCAACCAACCCACCUCAUCAUAGUCUGCUGCCACGCCAUCUACCUCGGCGGCGGCAGUGAGGACGGAUGCGCCAACGAAUCAAACUGGCUGAUCGAGCCGUUCCAGACGGGCGAGACAGAGACGUACAUCCGGCAUAUCGAGGCCGGGGUGGCGGAGCUCGCGAGGAAUCCGGAUACCGCGAUUCUCGUGUUUAGCGGUGGGGCGACGAAGAGGGGGAGGACGUCGCGGAGUGAGGGGGAGGGAUACUUGGCCGUCGCCCUCGAAAAGAACCUCUUCGGUCUAGACACGUCGACAUCCACACCCACGUCGACAUCCACACCCACGUCGACAUCCACACCCACGUCGCCAUCCACACCCACGCUCCGGCCCCGCAUUUUCGUCGACCACUACGCAACGGACUCGUACCAGAACGUGCUCCUCCCACUGAUUCAGUUCCCGCUGUUUGCGCAAGAGCUCCAAGCACGACUUGGCGGCGCCAGCGUUGAGGCACUCUCACCCUCGCCCUCCACCUCGCCCUCAGAUACGGCAUCAGAUGACACCGCUGGCUCACAGGCACAAGUCCUUGUCAUGACAGCCACAGCCACGGACGCGGAUGCAGACGUAGACGCCAACCUGUCACGAUCAACCCCCACAUGGCCGACCGAAUUGACGAUAAUAUCCCACGCCUUCAAACGCCGGCGGUUUCUGGACCUACACGUCCCUGCGGUGCGCUUCCCCGUCGCCCGCACGACGUAUAUCGGGAUUGACCCGCCCUUUGACCCGGUAAGGAUGCCCGAGAUAGAAGAGGGGGAUCGGUUGAGAGGGUACGGCGCGUGGGAAAGGGAUCUGUAUGGCGUGGGGGACGUGCUGAGGCGGAAGAGGGAGACGAGGGGGUGGGAUGAGGGAGCCUUUCGCGUGGAGACCCUCGGCCGGUUUUCCCCCAAGGCGAGGAGAAAAGUGGAAAACGUGUUGGCGUCCAGGGGGCGAGAUGAUGGGAGGGCGCCGUGGGAGAGUGCAGACGCCGAAGAUGGUACUGGUACGUAG